AUGGGCGUGACAGAAUGGGUUGCCGAGCUCGAGAUGGACAUGGAAGAAUCGCAGAACCAGCGCGAUAAGCGCGUGGAGGAGCUCUGGAAGCAAUUGGACGUCCAGGGCACCGGCUACCUCGACUUCAAGGGGCUGCAAAAGGGCCUGAACAGGAUCGAUCACCCUAUGAAGAAUGCGGAGGACAUGUUGCGGCGGAUCAUGACCGUUGUCGACACCAACGCCGACGGCAAGAUUCAAUACGAAGAGUUCCGCACUUUCGUCGAGCAGACCGAGAGGCAGCUCAUGAUAUUGUUCCAGUCAAUAGACAAGGAUAACAAUGGACGGCUGGACAAGACGGAGCUGCAGGAGGCAUUCAGGCGGGCCGGGCUGGUUGUGCCGAUGCGCAAGCUCAGUGCCUUCUUCGGAGACAUCGACAUGAACAACGACGGCUUCAUCAGCUUCGAGGAAUGGAGGGACUUCCUCCUGUUUAUGCCAACGCACAAUGCCCAUGCGCCGCUCAAGGCAGUGCUGGACUUUUAUUCUUCCAUUGUCACUCUCACGGCUGAGGGUGAUUCGAUGGUGUCGGAGGAGACACUUGAAGGCUUAGGUACGACCGGCUUCCUUCUGCAAACCCUCUUUGGAUCCAUUUUGAGGAUCGCAUCACCUUCGGAUCGUGAGACUCCGGCCGAGCCCCUCACCGACACGGAUGGCCCGAUGGUGCCCUCUCAAGAGGACAAUCCUGACAUUUCGAAAAUUCCUACCUCAUCAAAACCAGCACAGCAGACUUCACCAAGCAGCUUCAGAGACCCUACCGCGACAAUACCGUCAAUACCGACAUCAAAACACCCGACCAUCACCGACAGCGUGGACGUCGACAUGGCGGCGGCGGCGGUCCUCCAGGCCGGCGCCAAGGCCGCAGACGAACAGUAUACCGGCCUCGCGACCAUUCGAAAACUCCCCGGCGUCGGCACCUCCCAAGCGAAACCGGUCACUGGCUCCGAGCAAGGCUCCAGCUGCGAUGCAACUGCUGAACGCAAGACCAAGAGACUGACUGACUUCGCUCCUGAUCCAGGUUAUUUCAUCGCGGGUGCCGUCGCCGGAGGACUUUCGCGAACUGCCACCGCCCCUCUCGAUCGUCUCAAGGUGUACCUGCUGGUCAACACGCGAGCCACCACCGAGACUGCUGCCACCGCCUUGAAGCAAGGGCGACCAGUAGAUGCUCUUCGCAAUGCCGUCCGCCCCUUUGGAGAUGCCGUCAAAGAUCUGUGGAAGGCGGGCGGCAUUCGGAGUCUUUUUGCAGGCAAUGGACUCAACGUCAUCAAAAUCAUGCCCGAGAGCGCCAUCAAAUUCGGAUCCUAUGAGGCCGCGAAGCGUACUCUCGCGAAGCUCGAGGGCCACAACGACCCCAAGCAGAUCAACGGGUACUCGAAAUUUGUUUCGGGUGGUGUUGCCGGCAUGGUUGCCCAAUUCUGUGUGUAUCCGCUUGACACGUUAAAGUUCCGCCUCCAAACAUCAACAGUCCAAGGCGGCCUCACCGGCAAUGCACUCGUUCUUGAUACCGCCAAGAAGAUGUGGCAAGCGGGUGGAAUGCGUAGUGCGUACCGCGGUGUCACUAUGGGCCUGAUGGGCAUGUUCCCUUACAGUGCCAUUGACAUGGGCACAUUUGAAUUCCUCAAGACUUCGUACAAGAGGUACAUGUCAAAGUACCGAGGCAUCCAUGAGGAAGAUGUCAAGCCAGGAAACAUCAUGACUGGGCUUAUCGGAGCCACCAGCGGAGCCUUUGGUGCAUCGGUGGUGUACCCACUGAACGUGCUGCGCACCCGUCUCCAGACGCAAGGCACGGUAAUGCACCCCGCCACUUACACGGGCAUAUGGGACGUCGCACACAAGACGUUGAAGAACGAAGGCAUGCGAGGCAUGUACAAGGGCCUCACUCCCAAUCUUCUCAAGGUUGCUCCCGCCUUGAGCAUCACUUGGAUUGUGUAUGAAAACUCAAAGAAGCUCCUCGGAUUAGAGUGA